UUGUUUUCUUCUAACGUGAAGAGCUGGUGAAGAGAUUGAAUUUAUGUAAUUUUUUUAUUUCAUCUUACAUUUCCUCCGAGUCUGUUUUAAACGUGAAACAUUCGAUUUCCCUUUUCCUUUUCGCGGCUCAUUCGGACGACGGUGCAUUGGAAGCUGGCGAAUCGCACCCAGACCCAUUGUUGAAGCAAAAAAAAAUGUGUUAAAAGAACACCUUUCCUCUUCUCAAUCGUUUAAUUUUGGAAUUUAAAUCAUGCUGGACGAACCGCAGCAGCAGGUUUUGUCACCGAGAAAUGACGACAGCUCCUUCUUCGAGGGCUGUGGUCGAGAGGGACCGAUUCGCUGCAUUUUCUUCAGCGAAUUUCACCCAACAGCAGGACCCAAAAUAUCCUGUCAAGUACCAGAGGAUUUCAUUUCGAAGGAAGUGUUUGACGCCGUCUCCGUCUACAUCAUUCCAAAGCAGCAACUUCAAAGGAGCAUUUUAACAGUGAAUGUCCUUGGCCACAAAAUUACUGGCUUCCCGAUAAGCAUAUCAAACAAAAAGUAUGCUCGAAACGCAUUUUACUUUAAUCUGUGCUUUGUGUGCGACGCCUGGGCUCGCACGGUCCAGUACGAAGGAGUGGUGAAAAAACUGGCUGAAUAUCUGAUGAUGAUGGAAUUGGAAAGCGAUUUCCUCUCCAACGAACUGCGCUCGUCUUCGGACAACUGCAAACUGCCCAAAAUCCUGCAGCAGAUUUUGGCUGACCUAAACUCCAAGAAAAUUUGCACAAUAACAGAGGGAACGACGAAUAUGCACCUGAAAGUGGUAAAAGUGGCUGCCGACCCUCCAGCCAUCCUCGACCACCAAGUUCCGAUCUUCACCGUCAACGAGCAGAACUUCAAAAAGGAAAUGUGGGACUUGACGACGCAGCAGGUCCUUCCGCUCAUCAAUGGUUUCAACCAUGUUGCAAAAAUUGCAGCCGAGGCCGACGUCGAGAGCAACCUCGUCAAAGCCUGUGUUCAAAAUCUAGUUUACUACGGCAUUGUGCAGCUGAUUCCAAUUUUUCAGUACAGCAAUGUGUACUGCACAACACCAGCUUUGCAAAAACUCUCCGACGACGCCCAAACGCAGGAGGAGUGUGUCAAAUACGUGGCUAAGUCAGAAACAAACUUUCCAACAAUACAUGACGUCUUCACCAUGUACUGCAACAUGACUUAUGGAACCACCCUGAAAGACUUGUGCAUCAGAAUCAACCCCUACUCACUUAAAAUUGAUGAGCAAAAACUUGUGCAAUACGGACUGCUGCAGGGAUACAUCCGUAGAAUCAAUAAGUAUCCGGUGUUUUUGGGAGGCGGUCACAGUUCAGAGUUGGCCGUCACCACCCCACUUCACCAGCAGUUCAACGGACUGCACUCUUUUGACGAGAUAUGUUGCACGACGGGACUUUCUGCAUCCCAACUGGACCAGAUUGUCGAUUCCGACCCUUCGGUUUUUCUCAUUUGGAAAUGAAACUAUGAUGUGAUGAAUUACUUUGUAAAGACUGAGUAUGAAAAAGAAACUAGAUGGUCAUUUUCUCGCAUGAAAAAUUUUAUUUGUAGCGACGUAAACACUGAGCAUAUGUACCAUACACAGUAAGAAUAAAAAUUUACAACAAUAAUAUAUAAUUAUGGCUCUGUCAAUCAAUAUCAAUUGUGGGACUUUUUAUUUGAGAGUUAAAAUCCUA